UAUCGGUUGGCCUAUCACCAUGGAGGGUGAGAUCGUUUCCAUGGAGACCACUCAGACUGCUGCCCUGGCUCCUGAAGGAAAGGUCCUGCCAGAGGGUGAGGCUCUAAUACAAGGGGCAGUCAUAACUACACAGGGGGAGGUGGCUGACAAUAUGGAGAUGAUGGUGAUGGACGCUCUGGAUCCGACUCUGCUGCAAAUGAACGAGGUGUUGGAGGGCGGCGGCACAAUGACUGUUUCUGGUGGAGAUGAGGGUCAGAUCAUCACGCUACAGGUGGUGAAUAUGGAGGAGCAGACAGGGGCUGCAUUAGGUCUUGGACAGCUUCAGCUGGUGCAUGUACCUGUCACAACAACAACUGUAGAAGGGCUCCAGGCCACCUAUGUUGAUGCAUCAACUGCUAACAAGGACACAGAUCCGGUUAUCUGUCACACUCUUCCUUUGCCUGAGGGAUUUCAGGUGGUAAAAGUGGGUGCCAAUGGUGAGGUAGAGACCGUAGAGCAGGAGGAGCUUCAAGCAGCCCACGAGGAGCUUCAAGUGGUGAGGGGAGAUGUGGAGGAUGAGGAAGAGGCAGCAGAAGUCGAAGCCACUGUUCCUGAGGAAGAACAGCCAGAAUGGUCCAAGGACCCAGAGUACCAGCCCAUCACUAGUAUCCGUAGUAGGGGGAAGAAAGGAAAGAAGAGCCGUCUGCGCUACGGAGAGGGUGAUCGUGACAUGGAUGUUUCUGUGUAUGACUUUGAAGAAGAGCAGCAGGAGGGGUUGCUGUCAGAAGUGAAUGCUGAGAAGGUUGUGGGCAACAUGAAGCCACCAAAGCCCACCAAAAUCAAGAAAAAAGGUGUAAAGAAGACUUUCCAGUGUGAGUUGUGUAGCUACACCUGUCCAAGACGCUCCAACCUGGACAGACACAUGAAGAGCCACACAGAUGAGAGACCACAUAAGUGUCACUUGUGUGGACGAGCCUUUCGAACUGUCACACUGCUGAGAAACCACCUCAAUACACACACAGGCACUAGGCCGCAUAAAUGCACAGAUUGUGACAUGGCAUUUGUGACCAGCGGUGAGUUGGUGCGUCAUCGUCGCUACAAACACACACAUGAGAAGCCCUUCAAGUGCUCCAUGUGUGACUAUUGCAGCGUGGAGGUCAGUAAGUUGAAAAGGCACAUCCGCUCUCAUACAGGGGAGCGACCUUUCCAGUGCAGUCUGUGCAGCUAUGCUAGCAGAGACACUUACAAGCUGAAGAGACACAUGAGGACGCAUUCAGGUGAAAAGCCAUACGAGUGCUACAUCUGCCAUGCACGUUUCACACAGAGCGGCACCAUGAAGAUGCAUAUUCUGCAGAAACACACAGAGAACGUAGCCAAGUUCCACUGCCCACACUGUGAUACUGUCAUUGCACGCAAGAGUGACCUUGGUGUUCACUUGCGGAAGCAGCACUCUUUUAUUGAGAAGGGAAAGAAAUGUCGUUACUGUGAUGCUGUGUUUCAUGAACGAUACGCUCUCAUCCAACACCAGAAGACCCAUAAGAAUGAGAAACGCUUCCGCUGUGAACAGUGUGACUACUGCUGCAGACAAGAACGUCACAUGGUAAUGCACAAACGUACACAUACGGGGGAGAAGCCGUUUGCCUGCAGCCAGUGUGAGAAAACAUUUAGGCAGAAGCAGCUUCUGGACAUGCACUACAAGCGCUACCAUGAUCCCAACUUUGUCCCCACUGCUUUUGUAUGUGGCAAGUGUAACAAGACGUUCACCCGCAGGAACACAAUGCUGCGUCACUCUGAGAACUGCACGGGUGAGGUUAUAGAAGAAGAAGAAGAAAAUGGAACUCCUGCACCCAAAAAGGCUCGUCGGGGCAGGAAGAGGAAGAUGCAGGCCAGGAAGGACGAUAGUGAUGACACAGCAGAUGAACUGGAUGAGGUAGAGGAAGAAGAGGGGCUAAGUGAGAUUGAGGUGGAACAGGCCCCACCAGUUGUCCCUAUUCCAGCCCCUGUGGGGCCACCAGUCAAGAGGAAACGUGGACGGCCCCCAAAGAGCAAACUAGACACGGCUGCUAUCAUCCGUGUGGAGGACGAGGUUACUGGAGAGGUGGAUGACAUAAUUGUGAAGAAAGAAGUUGGAGCCGAUGACUUGGAUGGCAACGAUGAAGCUGCACAGGAGGUGGUGGUCGGUGGAGGAAAUCCAACCAUCCAGCUGGAGGAGAUGCCCCAGGAACAAGGGACGGCACCGGAAGUGCAGCAGUCUGAAGCCCCAGCGAACGGAGACCUCACUCCUGAGAUGAUCCUCAGCAUGAUGGACCGGUGAUGGAUGCGAGGGUUGAACCUGUAAACACACAGACGCCUGAUUACAUCUUCAUUUUUAUUUCUUGCCAUUUAGGAUUACAAACCCUUCCAUCCAGCACAGAAAAACAUCACUGAUGUUAUUUAAGAUUUGCUUUUUAAUCAUGUAUUGAUAAAAAGUUAGAUGAGUUUAAACAUUUUAAUAAGGAUUUACCUACCCAAAGAAUGCAUAAACUAUCUUUUCUUUCUAAGUCCUUUUUGUUUUUACUGGUUUAUACACCUGUGUGCCAUUCAGUAAAAGUUGUAAGUAGAUAGCAAUGCACCCAUAAUGUGGACUUACUUUUUGGUCAUAAUUCCAGUCAAGUCAACGUUAAUAUCCUCACUGAAGAGCAUCAUGUACCUCUCAGUGUGGAACAGAAUUUUCUUUUCUCCAGUCACAUUUGAAGAUGAAAAUUUGGCUGUUUUUGCUUCAACUUUUUAGGGCAGCAGAAGUCGGCAAAGAAAUGUACAUUUAGGUCCAAGAUUAAAGGACACAUCAUCAAAAAUGUCAUAUGAUGGGGGGAAAAAAAGUUAACCGAUGAUAUCGCUGUUAAUCAAAAGCCACAAUAUUAAUUAUUGGCUUCCUUUUCUGUGGUAAUUCCCUCUUCUUUUCUUUUUUUUUUAGCCCAUUCUAGUUUUUAAUAGCUUAAGACUGCUUAUCUGCAUAUGCUUUCCUUGCUACUGUAACACCCCUAGGACUUGUAUGUGCUAAACAGUGUCACAAAGUGCAAGAAAAUGUUUUGCUCUCUUUUGUAGCCAUUCCACUUUGGGUUGAUGUUUUAAUUUUGUACCAUUGGCAAUGCAACGUAGCAGCUUGAAUGGCAUUUUAAUAACUGUGUGGCAGACGAACAGCUGUGACUGUACAACCAAUAAAAGUAGGGGUUAAGACUCAUGUUUUGUUUUUUGUAGCUGUAAUAAUGUCAAUCAUGGAUAUUUGUUUUUCAACAUUAGCUGAGAAACAACUGAGUGCUAACGCAAAUGUCUGUAUUUUGCUUGCAAAUCUAUUUUAUUAAAUGGACAACUU